CGCAGUGGCCGGGCGUUUGCAAUACCGGCUUCCAACAAUCACCAAUCAACAUCAUGACUAGAGACGCAGUGGAGGACAUCCACGAGUCACACAUCAGAGGGCCUCUGGUCAUGAGAGGAUACGGAAAUGUAGCAGUCGCACCCAUCAAUAAUGGACAUACAUUGAAAUGGAACGUGGAAGAGGACUGGCCAGCUCCCGUGUUGUCAGGAGGUCCUCUGAGGGGCAACUACAGCCUGCUGCAAUUCCACUUACACUGGCUCUCUGAACAUGCCAUCGACGGAAUGAAGUAUCCGUUAGAGAUCCAUUUGGUGCACGUAAAGACGGGGCUGACCGUCGACGAAGCCCUGGAACGACCGGAUGGGCUGGCCGUUAUUGGAAUACUAACAAAGGUCGUUGGUGGAUACGAAGAAGAUAGCUCCUAUGCUCUAGAAGAACUAAUGCCGGUAAUCCCUGGUCUUCUCAAUGAGACAGAGGAGGGUGACACAACCGUAAAGCAUAUUGACAUCACCCGGCUGUUCAGUCCUGAGCCUCAAUUGUUUUACACGUACCACGGCUCUUUAACAACUCCAUAUUGCCAAGAAGUGGUCACUUGGAUUGUGAUGGACGUACCGCUCACUAUAUCUGAUGUACAGUACAAAGAAUUCAGCAGAGUCAACGUGGGCGGUAUUGAUAAUUACCGUAGUCUGCAGCGUUCGAAUCGCAUCGUUUACAGCUCAGUUCGUUCUUGUGCAUACGCCCUCUCGCCUAGCUUCUUGGGUGUUCUCAUCACUGUCUUCCGCUGCAUCGCCGUUAAAACUACACAGCAGAUCAAAAAAGGCCUCUGCUACGCUAACAAUAUAAAGAAAAAGAUCUUUGGUAGUAACCUCGUCGAAUGCAGCAAAUUAGCCAUUUCGUAAAACUAUUGCUUCCCUUGUGAUAUUAUUUAAUUAACAAACUCGAUCAUGGCAAAGUUAUACCAUUGUGCCAUAAAGCCUUUAUAUAAAUCUACUUUAUAUUUAAGACAAGUGUGCGAUAUUGUAUAAAAUAUAUUUAUGUACAUAAUAUAAAACAAAACGCAAAAUAUAUAUAGUCAAAAGCAUAAGAUUACAGUUACGAAAUUCUUUAUAUACCUUGAACCAUAAACGUCAUCUGCUUCUUCCUUAUCCCUUGUUUAUUUGAAUCGGCGUAAUGUUUUUUUAUUGCAUCCCUGUUUGCAGUCAUCUCAUUAUUUACUCCCUUUCUUACCACAUCAUCUUUCACACAGUCCAUCCAUCUCUUUUUCCGCCUUUAACCCUUAUAACGACCCACAUUC